AUUUAUUAUCAUAUUCUCAGUGUUGAAUUAAAAUAAAAUUAUUGCAUCAAUCAUUCUAUGUUCACCAAAAGAGAGGACAAUAGUGUUCAUUCUGAAGGUUUAAACAAUAUCUGUUAGCUGCCAGUUCUAAAAAAAAAAACAAAUGUAUAAAACAACAAAACUGCCUUUUAUUUGAUUUUCAAAUUGCAAAACGUUGCACACGAAUGCCUGAAUUAACAACGAAUUCAGAGUGACAAACCACCGUUCAUAUCUUGUGCACUAAAUCCACCUUGCAGAGCACUCGAAAUCAACUGGCUGCCUAAUCAAACUUGAGUGAUUUACUCCUUACCACUGAUUAUGCGCGCUUUGAUAGGCUUAAAGCAGUGUUGUAAACAUUUGACAUUUCUCGUGACGUUCGUUUCGUUCCCAUGAUCAGCAAUCAGUUGAUUAUUCUACAUUAAUUCACAACCGUCAUCUCUUACACAAACGUGAUCGGUAGAAUGAAAAUCGAAAAACGUAAAAACACGUGAAAAGAGUGUCGUUUGACACGAUAACAAUUUCAUAUAUCAUAAAUUUCGUAUAGAUUUCAAAGAUGUGUGAUAAUAAAUAACAAAAUUAGAUUAUUCUUGUUCGUUAUGUUUAAUGUGACACUUAUACAGUUGAUAUAUCGUACCACAAUAAAAGAUAAAAACAAACUAAAUUAUAUCGUGAUUCGUACGUUCGUAUAAUUGCUCGUGUAGUGAAUAUUAAAGGCAAGGGCUGCCGAACAUCAACGAACAAGUCGCGAUUGACGUGAUUGCUUACAACACUGGACUAAAAUCACAAAAUCAGGUUACUCAUCAGUUGCACCAGGGGGACGACCUGAACGAUUGCUGCCUUUCCUACCAACCUCGAACCAAAAAUCGUCGCGAGUGAAGUGUGCUUUUGCGCGUUUUGUAGAUCGGCCGAAGAGCUGGUGACACAUUGUACCUACCUAUCUGUAGUUCCAACGAAAGUGAAAGACUGUGCGAAGACCUGUUUCUGGUCUGUGGUGGCCCCCUUUUUCGUGACUGCCAAUCACGGCUACUACGAAGACGUCGACGACGACGGUUCAGAAGGUAUUACUCAACCGAGUUGUGAUAUUGGGUGUUUUAGGAGUGGCGUCGACGAUGACUGAACGGGUUUGACUUCCGAGGCUGCUUGCUGGACUGUAAUCACCCCGGGUGUUUAUUUUGAAUCAAGUGGCACAUAUCGACUGAGGAGUAGGAAAUCGAGUUGAGAGACUCAUUUCCUCGAAAAUUAAACAGGUGUAACACGAUACGUCAUAAUUGCUGCUCGAGAGGACCCGGUACAAGAUGAGGCUUCCUGGCGUGGCAUCCGCCCUAUCAUGUGCACCGGCGGCGAUCGUAAUUGGAUUGAUUUGCCUCACCCUGGGACUGUUUGUGGAACCAAUUCAAGCACAAAACCAGCAAGACACCAGCAAUGUGUUCAACACCAGUUCGUGCCUGGAGAAACCCUACCGCUGUCCUCAUCCGCGAAUAAAGUUCUACCUUUACACCAAACGCACCCAGCAAAAUCCGGAACUGAUCGACGUCCUGGACCAGGAAUCCCUCUACAACACCCAUUGGAACCCGAAGCACCCAGUGAAAAUAGUCAUCCACGGGUUCGGUGGGGGUCGCAACCUUUCUCCAAGUCCCGAUAUGCGAAAGGCUUACUUCAUCCGGGGCAAUUACAACAUCAUCAUCGUCGAUUACGGUUCUGCGGUGACGGAGCCAUGUCUGAGUCAGAUUGAGUGGGCACCUCGCUUCGGGAGCCUCUGCGUGUCACAACUAGUCAAAUAUUUGGCCAAGCAUCCUCGGGGGGUUCCUCCGGAUAGUAUGCAUCUGAUCGGGUACAGUGUGGGGGCGCACAUCGCCGGAUUGGUGGCAAACUAUCUGACGCCGGAAGAGGGCAAGCUGGGCAGAAUUACCGGGCUGGAUCCAACCAUUUUCUUCUACGCUGGAACGAACAAUUCGAGGGAUUUGGACACGAGUGAUGCACAUUUUGUGGACAUUAUCCAUACUGGAGCGGGAAUUCUGGGCCAAUGGAGCGCGAGUGGCCAUGCGGAUUUUUAUGUCAAUGGUGGAACUAGUCAGCCGGGGUGUGCGAGCACUACAAUAUUUCAAACGCUCGCCUGUGACCACACCAAAGUAACGCCGUACUUUAUAGAAUCGAUCAACAGUGAACGUGGCUUCUGGGCUGGCCCCUGUUCCACGUUGGUGUCCUAUCUGCUGGGCUGGUGCGAACCCAAGGAUUCCGAUUACGUCCUGAUGGGGGAACACGUUUCCCAUAGGGCCCGAGGAGUGUACUACGUAACGACGAACGCGAAACCACCCUACGCCAGAGGUUUUCCGGGGAAAAAUCGACGCACGGCCAAAAACAGCGAAUACAGUGGCGUUCGACGGCGGAAGUGAUCCUGAUCGACUUCCGAUUAGUCCAGUCAUCGAAAGCAAAAUGGUUGUGAUACAAGUAUGCAAUUGCAUCUAGCAGCAUAGAGCAACGGAAAUCAAACGCCGAAAUCAGUGACAUAAAAGCCGUAUUUGUAGUAAAUUGUAUUUAAUGAGUAGGAGAUAGGAGUGUAGAACAGAGCUCAGACAGAGUGUAGAAACUAACAUGGGGAAAGUUCAAAUGCGCAGCAGAUUAACACUUAAGCAGUAAGAAGGUAGGCACGUAGGAGGGAAACGUCGAAUAAUUUAUGCACUUUGGCUAGAAGUGACCAGAUUGUAAGUGAAAUAAAUGCUUCAAAUAGAUUAAACUAGCAACUCGCCAAAUAGAUUUAAGAUUACAGGAGAAAUGGUACGUGGAGUGCCAAACGAAACAAGUGUUACCGGUUCUGAGGAAUGUCACCUCGUAGAAAUGUAGCAGUGGUGAUCAAAUUAACGUGUGCUAACCUAAGGACUUGCAAAUAAAGUGUUCAUUUAUACCGCAGGAUUGCGAAUGAAAAA